AUGGAAAUACCACUGAGUGCUUUACUCAGCGGUAUUACAAAUGUUCUAUUAUGGCAGAAUUUAGUUGUUGCACCAUUAACGGAGGAGUUGGUGUUUAGGGCUUGUAUGAUUCCGUUACUUCUUUGUGGUGGAUUUAAAGCAUACGACAUCAUUUUUCUCUGCCCUACUUUCUUCAGUUUAGUGCAUUUGAACCAUAUGAUGGAAAUCUACAGCCACCAUAAUUAUAGCUUGCUUAAAGCCUCCAUGGUUGUAGGCCUCCAGCUGGACUACACUGCAGUCUUCGGUUCAUAUUCUUCAUUUCUCUUCGUUCGAACAGGAAACCUUGUUGCUCCUUUAAUUGCCCAUGCUUUUUGCAACUAUAUGGGAUUGCCUGUGUUGCUCAUACCAAGGAAAGGGCUAGUUAGCGUGGCAUUUGUAGCUGGAAUGUUGUCAUUUGCUUGGCUUCUGCUCCCUUUAACACGGCCUGAUUUGUAGAAUGACAGAACAAAUAAUUGCAGGUGUUGGCAAGGAUAUUGUUUAUGGAAUUAAACCAAUUACUUCUAUGGAAGAAAUGUUGUUAGUUACAUUGAUAACUAUAUGCAAUGGUAUAAGCAAAUGAUAAAAUGCUGAAAAGCAACCAGUGUUUCUUUUUCUCAUGACCUGUAAUAUUUCCACUAGGGUUUCUAAG